AAAUAGGCGUCCAAGCAGAGAGUGGAGAGCAGAGUGUUCAAGAUGAUGACAUGGAGGGCAUCCCAGAAGAGGACAGGUACUCUGUGUCCGCUCUGAUUGAAAGAGCCAACAAGAACGCUGGGCAGGCUCUGGACGAUCCUGAGAUCACUCAGGGUGACGUUGCGGUGCACACGGCUCUUGGGAACGCUGACCCCUGCACGGCCCGCGGCUGCAAGUGGCAGAAGUACAGAGAUGGGAAGGUCUACGUGCCCUACGUCAUCGCCAACCAAUACUCGUCGCGUGAGAGGGCGGUGAUUGAGAGAGGACUGCAGUCUUUUGCCCAGUCCACCUGCAUCCGCUUCUACAGACGAACUCACCAGAGAGACUACAUCCAUAUUCAGUCACGCAGCGGCUGCUGGUCGUAUAUGGGCUGCCAGGGUGGAGAGCAGGUGGUGUCGCUGGCCAGAAGUGGGUGCAUACAUCACUCAGUAGUGCAGCAUGAACUGCUCCACGCUCUGGGCUUCGACCACGAACAGUGCCGCAGCGACCGAGACCAACACAUACACAUCUACUGGCAGAACAUCAUCCCAGAGUACAUAUUUGCCUUCAAAAAGAUCAACACCAACAACCUGGGAACGCCUUAUGACUACAGCUCAGUCAUGCAAUACGAAAGGUACACCUUCUCUCGUAACCGGCAGCCCACUAUGGUCCCGUACCCCAACCCAAACGUGGCCAUCGGACGCUCCAAACAGAUGAGCGCCAAUGACAUCCUCAGAGUCAAACGUCUCUAUGGCUGCAGUACACCCUGA